GUGAGGAAGAACAAUUAAAGUAAGAAUCAUGUUAGAAAUAAGAACUCCCAAAACCAGAAGAGCCAAGCGAGCAAUUGAGAAACGUGCUCCCAAACUUGUUGAAAAUGGGAAGAAAACCUUAAUACUGCUUGGUACAAAAACAAGCAAUGUACUGAAUGCCAUUUUGACUGAAAUUUAUCAUCUUAAAAAGAAUGAUUCUGUUAAAUAUUCCCGGAGGAAUGAUAAUAUCAGACCAUUUGAGAGCGGCGGUGAAGCUUCUUUGGAGUUCUUCUCUCUCAAAACUGAUUGCAGCCUUUUUGUGUUUGGUUCUCACUCAAAGAAGCGACCCAACAAUCUUGUUAUGGGGCGAACAUAUGAUCACCACAUUUAUGAUCUUGUAGAGGUUGGUGUUGAGAAUUUCAAAAGCAUGGACUCAUUCUCGUACGAUAAGAAAUUAGCUCCUCAAAUUGGUUCAAAACCUUUCUUUGCUUUUAUUGGAGAAGGAUUUGAGAGUGAAGAAGAGUUGAAGCAUUUGAAGGAAGUUUUGCUUGAUCUAUUCAGGGGACAGGUUGUGUCAAAUCUGAGCCUUGUUGGGCUAGACCGUGUUUAUGUGUGUACAGCUGUGUCUUCAAAUAAAGUAUUCUUCACUCACUGCGCACUGCGACUUAAAAGAUCUGGCACUGUAGUCCCAAGGAUGGAGCUUGUUGAAGUUGGUCCCUCCAUGGAUUUGUUAGUUCGGCGACAUCGUCUUCCUGAUGAAAGCCUAAGGAAAGAAACUAUGAAGAUAGCUCCUGAAUUGACUAAGAAGAAGGAGAAAAAUGUCAGUGGGGAUGCUUUACAAGGAAAGAUUGGGCGAAUCUAUAUUCCAAACCAACAGGUUGGAGAGAAGGUUCUGCCCAACAAAGCAAAGGGAGUGAAGAGGGAACGCCGAGAAGCUAAGUUGAAAGGCGAGGCAAAGAAGCAGAAGCAAGAUUCUUAAGAAUUCUAAAUCCUUGAUUGGCUGCUGUGAUGUUUUAUGCUUUCUAACUACUCCUGAUUUUGCUGGUGGGUGGGUUUUGUUUUCUGUUUUCACCCCUUUAUAAAAUAUUUGAUUUUAUUAUGCAGUUUACUUUUGAGUGUAUCAAUCAGCCAAAAUAUCCUUAUAGCAUUUCUUUGUUAGAUAUAACUUUUGGGAGCAAUUUCAAUAGGGCCUAAAAUGUCUGUUUUGUGUAGGAGCAUUGUCAUUUGUUGCUCUGCCAAUGUAUGUCACUUAUUGGCACUAGAUGUUGCAAAUGUAUGUCUAUUUUGCAGACCAAUUAUUACUAUGAUAUAUUUGCAUUUGACUUUCCUAUU